UUUUUUGAAACAACCGGGACGGAAUAAGUCUAACUCGACCAGUUUAUAUAACAAUUUCAAAAAACGGCCCGUUUCUUAAAUAUGGUUCAAAAAGUUGGUCACCUUAUUAAAAAACCCUAAAAUGAUUUAGCAAAUGUAAACUUUCAAACUCAAGAAAAUGGAAAAACAAAGAUGGGUUUUGUUUCUUCAUUUGCUCUUCCUUAUUGUUAAUCUAGAGAGUUGUUUUAGUACUACUAACGGUAGUUCUAGGUUAAACCCAAUUGAUCAACAAGAACUAGACAGAGUUAAUCAUCUCCCUGGGCAGGAUUUCAAUGUUGAUUUUCAACAUUAUUCUGGAUAUGUUACAGUCAACGAAGAUGCAGGGAGAAAUCUUUUCUAUUGGUUCAUUGAAGCUACUAAAGACCCUUCUUCAAAACCUCUUAUUCUUUGGAUUAAUGGAGGCCCUGGAUGUUCUUCCAUAGGUUACGGGGAGGCAAUGGAAAUUGGCCCUUUUCACGUCGAGGAGGAUGCAAAGACUCUUUAUCUGAAUCCACACUCUUGGAACCAAAUGGCAAAUUUACUAUUCAUCGACACGCCAGUUGGAACUGGAUAUUCCUAUUCAAAGGAUUCUGAAGAUGUAAUAAACAAUGGAGAUGCAAGGACUGCCAACGACAAUCUGGUAUUUCUACAGAAGUGGUUAGAAAGAUUUCCCCAAUUUAAAGGCUCGGAUUUUUACAUUAUAGGAGAGAGUUAUGCAGGACACUAUGUUCCCCAAUUAGCCAAAGCCAUUGCGAAAUUCCACAAGUCAACUGGAGAAAGGUCGAUCAAUCUGAAGGGAAUCAUGGUAGGAAAUGGUUUAACUGAUGACCACGACAACCGCUUGGGGUCUUUCCAGUUUUUGUGGACUAAUGGCUUGAUAUCUGAUGAAACCUAUAAUCUUGUCAACAAUUUCUGUCUGUUCGAAUCAUACCAAAAUAUUUCAUCCCAUUGUCGUUUCAUUUUUGACCUUGUCAGCAAAGAACUAGGAGAUAUUGACCCUUACAGUAUUUUUACUUCUUCCUGCACCGGCACGACUAGUCAAUCAAGCAAGCUACUGAAUAGACUUAUUUAUGGGGGCAUCUGUGAGGAGUUUGAUCCAUGCAUCGAGGACCAUACAUCUGUUUAUUUCAAUCUACCCGAAGUUCGGAGGGCACUUCAUGCUGAUCCUGUGGCAAUGACAUCUCCAUGGGAAGCUUGCAAAGGAUUUGUUGAUCAACACUGGAAGGACUCUCCUGCAUCAGUACUAGAUAUUUAUCACGAACUUAUACAUUUGGGACUUCGUAUUUGGAUGAUCAGCGGAGAUACGGAUUCCGUAACUCCAGUAACAUCCACUCGUUACAGUAUAAACUCUCUCAAACUUCCCACAGUUACUCCAUUUCAUGCUUGGUAUGAUAAUGGACAGGUGGGUGGAUGGACUCAAGAGUACAAAGGUCUCACUUUUGUCUCGGUUAGGGGAGCUGGACAUGAUAUCCCAAUGUAUAAGCCAAGCCUAGCUUAUCCAGUGAUAAAGGCUUACUUGUCUGGAAUCUCUAUGCCUACUCAGUCAUCUCAAUUGGCUGACUCUUGAUCAGUUACCUCGUAUUUAUGGUCUACAGUUCCUCUGUUUUUGUCGACUGGCAAAUUCUUAUGGAGAAGUUUCAGCUACGGUGGUCUAUAUUGAAACUAGUAUAUUCUUACAGCAACUGCAAAUUACUCCACCCAAACUUGGAUGCACCAAGCUUGUAAGCGUACGUUUAGACGUUUAAAUCCUAUUCUAAUUUUGAUGGACCUUUUGUUAUCAAGAACCAUAAACUAAACUUGGUACAUAUCAAGAAAUUUGUGUAUUCUGA